UACAUACAUAUACACAGCUUGUACGUGCAUUUCUGUAUGUAUUUCACAGGACCAAGACCAUUGCCAAUUUUAGGAAAUUUGCUAGAUUUGGCGAGAGCAUCGGACAAUAUGAUCCAAACAUUUGGCGUGUUAGCAGAAAAAUAUGGAGAAAUAUACACUGUAAAAAUGGGGUCGAAAAAAACUGGUAGACGAAAAUAAUUUAAAGAUUUACAUGAAAAUUUAGUAAACUACUUUCUGAAUUUAAAAAAUUGCGUAGUUAUUUUAACCUCAAAAGAAGCCAUCCAAACGGUUCUCUCCAAUGACGCUUCAAACGGUCGUGACAGAUCGGGAACAUUUGCGGAUCGAUGUUGGAAUAAAAAUUUAGGAAUUGUCACCUCCGAAGGAGAACUUUGGGAAAAAUCAAAAAUUUGGACGUUUAAAACUUUAAAGGAACUUGGAUUUGGAAAAUCGUUUGACAUAGAAAAUUUUAUCCGUGUAAUUAUUUUAUUUAAAAAAAUAUCCAAAAAAUGGGUUUACAUAUUUAUUUCUUCAUUAAAUUUUAGACUGCAUCGGAAUCCUUAUUUUCUGAAAUUGACAACAAAAUGGAGACCUGUGGUAGCAUCGGGGUCGGUUUGCUAUUUAACAAGUCGAUCCUGGCCAUCAUGUGGCAAAUGAUAGUUGGUCGCCUUUCACGAGAGGAUGAACCCCUUAUCGACACCUUGUCUGAAAAGGGGAACAAAUUUGCACAAAGUAGCCUUUUUGGUGCGGGGAUCGUUAAUGUCUUCCCGUUUUUGAGAUUCGUCUUCCCAAAUUUGCUAGGAUAUAAUAUGCAAAUGGAUUUCUUCAAUACGUGUAAUAAAGUUGCGAAGGUGAGGAACGAAUGUAAUUAAGAACGAACAUUGCAUAAAUAACAGAAUAGCCAUCCCAACUUAAAAAAAUCUGUUCUGUCCUACGAACAGUACGAACAGAAACAAAUACAAAAUUCUGAAGUCUUUUACCAGAAACCGUAAAUAAUUAAUAAAUUAAAUAUAAUCUCAAUUAUGUAAGUAAGCUUCUACUUUUUAAAGGACCUCUUCUUGGAAUCGGAGGCAAGACAAAAACUGAAGCAAUCUUUCGAACCGGCUACAAAUUUGCGGGACGCUUUUGUCCAGAAUUGUGCAAGGGAGCCGAAAAUAUUUAGUUGUAUGUGCAUAAAACCGUAAUUAUGCGUAAUUAAUUUUCUAAUUUAAAAAAUUUGGUAAUAUAGGCGAAAAUUUCCAACUCAUAUUUCAAGACUUGCUUUUGGCCAGUACCGACACGACAAGCUCCUUCAUGGAGGCAGCGCUCCUUUAUCUCGUUUCGUACCAAGAUGUCCAGGAGAAAAUUUAUCGUGAAAUAAUGCAAAUAUGUCCGGAUGGGAGUUUUCUGAAUUUUUUGGAUAGAAAACGGUAAAUAAAUUUUAUCUUACAAAUCUGAAUCCUUUAAUAAUGUUGUGUGGAAAUUUCCAGAAUGCCGUAUACGCAAGCAUUUUUUCUCGAGACCCAUCGCAAAUCACGACUCGCACAAAAUUUUGUUCCGAGAAGAGCAUUAAGAGAUUUCAAGUAUAAGGAGUACACAAUUAAAAAGGACACCGUAAUCAUUCCCGAUAUUCGAUUGUAUUACGAGGACAAGAACAUUUGGCAAGAUCCGGGAACAUUUAAUCCUGAAAGAUUUAUUAAUUCGGAUGGAAAUCUUGUUAAUGCUGACGCCAUCAUUUCCUUUUCUUUUGGAAAACGAGCAUGUCCGGGAGAAAAUCAUGCCAACAUUUUGUCCUUCCUUCUUCUCACCUCAAUCGUACAAACAUACAAAUUAAGCGUUCCACAGGGCGAACCCAAGCCAAGACUGGAUAUGAAACCAGGCUUCGCACAAAAACCGUUCCCAUUCAAGGUUCAUUGUGGCCGAAGGUAA